CCCCAAUCAACACCAAAAAGAGGCUGGGAUACGUGUGUGUGGGUGUGUUUCUCAGCGAGGGACCCUUUCCUCUUGCAAGAUUCGCUUUCGCCCGAAUUUUUUUUCCCUUCUUUUGUCUCUCCCCACUUGUUUUUUGGUUCUGUUUCGUCUCUCGCUCCCUUACACCACCCUCACACUUUCCGAGACAGUCUGUCAGCUUGGCCCCUUCCCUACUACGACCGGGCCCUUACUCCCUGCAUCUGCUGUGUCCCUCUCCCGUUUACCCGCCAUCCAAUUUACCCUCAUAAAAAGGAAACCCUCCGACCUCCCACAUAUACGCACGCGCGCAUACACGUUCACAUAUGCAGUCUGCCUCUAGCGUUUCGUCUCGCUCUCAGCGCAGUCCGUCAGCCCAGCAUUUUUCCUCGGGCUCCGGAAGCAGUAUUGAAUCCGCCAUGACUUCACAGUCCUCCGCGCCACGCAGUUCAUCCAGCUCCGGGCGAUCACAAUCCAGAAGCUCUGUGGUAAGUUGUGCAUUCAAUAGUUCACACCACAACCCUUUACCCUUGCUGUCACCCACGUUGUACCCACAACUAUCCCGGCUAAUACAUGUCUAUUUGCCCGCCACAGCCCGAUAAGCAGAUCUCACAAAUUGAAAAGAGCGUCACGCAUCUCUUGGUAGCCACGAAGCAACUAUUAGAAACACUGACACAAUGGUCCCGGAAACAAACUUCGGAGAACGAGGUAUCUGACGUCUACGUGCGGCUAGGUUAUGAGUUCAACCUUGCCUGUCGCGCAUUCAAUGCGAUCGGGGUCGACACCUCCGACUUGGGCCCGGUGCCAGAUCUUCUCCGAACAAUUCUUGAAGACACCCUUAGCCAGGAUGCUUCCCCGCAGAGCCUCGACCGCUAUCUGCCGCGCAUCCGUGACAUCAUCAUCAACCUUCUUCACGGGCUCAAGAAGAAGCAGGCCCGCUUACGUUCGCGGCAACAGCGAGAGGAAAGUCGUUCGGUACCUGGCCGGCAGGCAAGCGCUGGAAGUGUGACGAGUGGACAGGCGGCUAUGAACCAGGCGUACGAGGAAACUGUUUCUACCGUGUCAUCACCGAAACGAACCGGUCGUCGUUAUGGAAGUAAUGGCUCUGUGGAAGACCCGUCUGGUACGUCUCGAAUGUCACCAGCGCCGGCUGACACGCGAGGGGGAAGCUUCUCAGAACGAGAAGCAUCGCGACGAGAAGCACAGAAUAUCCUCUCUCAGUCCUCCCAACCUGAAAGCGAUUCUACUCCCAAAGCACCCGCGUCAUCGGUUAAUCCGUCUGAAUAUCCUACUCCGCCGCCACCGCCUCCCAAGCAAGACGAUGCCAUUGGUGCGCUGCAGAGAAGUGGUGAGCUUGAGAGGCGCGCCUCCCGAAGGUUCUCCGCGUAUCAGAUACAAAAGCACCUGGGGACAUCUUCCAGUGGUGUCCCUGUUCUACCGACCCAGCACUCUCCUCUGCCAAAUCGUGGCCGCGAUGUUCGUGAAUCGUUAAAUGCUGUUCGUCUACGAGGAUCAUACGCCCACGGCCGACAGCGAUCGACGAACCGCUUGCAGGAGACCACUACUACCAAAACUGCACCGGCGCAGGCACCUCCGAAUGUUCCGAGCAUUGAAGAAGAACGUAGUAAGUCUCGGGCUGAGGCUUCGACGUCUGUCUCUGCAACAGACUUUCCUACCCCUCAAGACAAAGUUCAAAAACGGCCAGAUACCGAAACAAUCGAUCUACCUCGUCCUCAGGAGGAGCCCUCCCUUGCCGAGGCAUUUCAGCCAGCCAAGGAGAGCACAUCCGACGCUGUUGCCUCUCCCACGACACCCAAAUCAGAACGUCGACAGCCACCGUCUGUUUCCACCCCUCCCCAGAGCACUCAAUUUACUGCCGAACAGCCAUCUCCUGGGAAGGAGCUCACCCUGUUCCUACAGUACAAAAGCAAGAUCAAGAAAUAUGUUCUUCCAGAAGGCUUUACUGGUCUGACAAUUGGAAGGCUCCAGCUGGCUUUUAUUGAGAAAUUUGCCUGGAACACUCACAAUAAUGGAGCUGACUUGCCAGAGAUCUAUAUCCAGGAUACCGUCUCGGGUGUCCGCCACGAGCUGGAGGAUUUGAACGACGUGAAGGACCGGUCCGUCCUCGUGUUAAAUGUCGACAUCCUUGACGAGGUGAAGAAGCAUUUUGAUGAUGAAUUUGGUGGCGUCCGCCGGUUGAUUGAAGGCGUCAAGGACGCUUUGAACGGCCAAGAGAGUGUGAUGCAGCGGGUGUCUGACCGCCAGCUUGAAGCGGCCAAGGAAAUGGCGCGUCUUGCCGCAGCACCCCCGGUAUCUGUUUCAAGUGCAAGCUCUGGGGGACCUUCAAAGAGUCCAAUUGCAGGCAGCGACAGCCAGCUUGCAGAACUUCAAAGCCUCAGGCGUGAUAUUGCUGUGCUGCGACAAACUUACUCCAACUUCCAGUCGGAUAUCGCAAGCUCGAUGAACGCGAUCCGCACCAAGGCCAGCGGUGUGAAAUCUGCUGCCACGGAAGUAUCUCUGCCUACUUUUGAAGGUGAUGCAGGACGCGCACGCGUCAAUUCGGGAAAGAAGGAGCUUGGUGAAGAAUCCGAACGCCUUGUGGCACGUGUUGAUGACCUUCAGGAUCUGGUGGAGGAUCUGCGCAAAGAUGUGGUGACUCGCGGGGUUCGGCCGCUGCCACGCCAACUGGAGAGUGUGGGCAAGGAUAUCAGUGCAGUUACGAAGGAGAUUAAAAAGAUGCAGGAAUUCCUCAAGCGGGAGAAACCGAUCUGGACCAAGAUUUGGGAGAAAGAGCUACAACUUGUAUGCGAGGAACGUGAUCAGCUCACUAUGCAAGAAGACCUUGCGGCCGACCUACAGGAUGAUGUGGAAAAGGCCGCCCAGACAUUCGCUCUUGUUGAGCAGGCUACCAAAGAACAAGCAAUGCAGAACAAUCCCACUAACGGAGUCACCCUACGAAACACUUCUCGUAAUGUGGUCAUCGACCCCGCAGUGGAUCCCAUGAAGGCGAAAGACAGCGUCCUAGGCGAAGUUCGUGCGCUGCAACCGAACCACGAAUCACGCCUUGAGGCGAUUGAAAGAGCAGAGAAAGCACGGCAGAAAGAAUUAGAGAAUCGCCGGAUCGGUCUCUUCCAGAAGGAGCUAGGAGCAUUUGUGGAGGAGGGUAAGCUGAAAAAGAGUGGUGGUGUGGAAGAGACCGAAAGACUUCGUCGGGCCAAGGAUGAUCGCAUCCGCAAGGAGGUGUGGGAGAGACAACAAGCUCGAGCAGCAGAGAUGGAGAAAGCAGAGGCGGAAGCUGCAGCUGCACAAGCCGAGCAAGCUUCUCAGCCAGAAUCGAACACAACAGAUGGUGCUGAAGCAGAGGCCGAGGAUGGAGCAUCAGAAACCGGAGAUGAAAACGAAACAUCGUCCCUUAAGGGGAAGGAACCUAUCUCUGAAGAAGCAGAGGAAACUGAGAGCAAGAAGGAGGAGAGCGAGUCGGCGAAGAAUGAUGAAGACAAACCGACUCAGCCUGAGACUUCAUGAAUCGCGAUACAGUUCGCGACUUCACGCGGACACAUUAUCAUUCUUUCCCUUUUAUUGUUGAUAUUACUACUGCAUUCGUUGUUUGUCCCUCGCUAUGUCGAUUUCCUUUGAGCCUUGGAUGCUUUCGUGAACACACCCCUUUCCUUUGUUUACUUUUCCUUUCACUUGUUCUUUCUUUUUUUAUCCGUUUCCCUUUCCCCUUUCCAUAUUUCUCCGUUAUACGGCAUGGUCCCGCCUCGCAAAGUAUUCACUUCUGCUCUUGCGUGUGCCAGGUCCGGAAGAGACUACUAUGUGUGGUGUGCUAUAGCCGUUACUGAUUCGAAUUGCUGAGGAUACCCUGCCGCUAUUGUGGCCUGUUUAUGACCAUUGUGAUGAUACAUUGGGGGCGUCGAAGCAUAUAUCCCUUGUUUUCAUAUCUGUACCUAUGUUGACUUCGAUGCGACCCAUGUUUAGUUGGUAUAUUAAAUGCGAGACCUGAUUAGUAGGAUCAACGUUUUCAUACUUCAAUUUUGGGGCUGUAGAGGGUUACAAGACGUCUGGACAAGUUAUUCCAUUUGUUUACGCUAUGUUUUCCAGUCAUGUUAUUUCUACUAGCUAUGAAUGGGAGAUUUAGGGUUAGGUCGAUGAUGCUAAUGAGCGCUUUCUGUAUUCUCUUGUAUGUUGUUUUUUAUAGAUUCGCACAAUAUUAUAUAUAGUAUGAUAAGCGAGAA